GUAACGUUGUAUCAGUCGACGCAGGGAACACCUUUUUCACCGCCACCGACGCCUGGAACAGCUGACUUCGAGGAAGCAGGUCAAGAUGAGAGGACCAUUGUUCCUGCAGAUCGUGGUUUCAUAAGUGAAGACGAGAUCAGCGAGAGUGAAGGGGAACUACAAGAACGAGCUUACCAAGGUGUGCAGAAUCGGAAUGCUGCUACAACAGGAGGGGAGCCCUAUAAUUCUCGCACUCAGCAUAUUAAUCUAGCAAGUAGAACAAGGACAGCACAGGUUAUUUCCUCCUUCGAACAACAGCAGGCAACACCACGGGAUACGCUUUUAGUCAACAACGGUGCAGACCUAGUACAACGAGUCGCUUUUCCACGUGCCUCGGACGUUUCCUGGGGUUCCACGAGUGCAAGUUUGAGACAGGACGUGAGGGAAAUGCUGUCCUCUGAAGCAUCUCGUCCAACAGCAACUUCUGGUAGUACGUCAGCUAGGACUUCUUCAUCUCCUACUCUUGGUACUCUCUCCAGUCUCCAGUUUCGUUUGAGCUUCGUUUUCGAUAGGGAACGAGUAUCAGACACCGAUAUCCCGGCUGCUAGGGGACUCAAGGUGCUGAAAAUCUUCAACAAGCGACCUAUUGGUGGAAGAGCCAAAGCAUCUUCGUCGCUAGGGGAUCAAAACCGAUCAGAAGAUGAAAAUGACGAUGUACUGGAGAAUAUCAGGAAAGCUUUAGCCGCACAGUUAAACUCGUUUUAUAAUGAUCCUGGUCUCGUCCUCGAAAAUGAUGUUGGUCGUGUUGUAGGGAAGAAAGACGCGUUCCCAAUAUCUACGCCAGCCGUCGUUCUCCCCAAUAUCUACGACCGCAUUGUGCGGUUACCGCCAGGCAGGGAAGUUGAAACUGAAUACCUACACGAGCACGAUGACGAUCAACAUGAGGAGGAUGAUAUAAGGGGAAUAAACUUGAAUAACUUCCAGCAACAACAUGGCGGUGGAGAUCAAUUAGUACAGGGACAAGAUGAUAUUCUCCAACAGCCUCAGCCACAAGAGGAGACGCGAGGAGACGACCCUGGUGAAGAUUUACUAGGUGGACGAAGGCGCGAACAGCAUAUUAAACAUGCUUUUUUUAAGGCUCAACUUUCAAUGGUCACCAUUUAGAUUGGAGUCACUGAGAUCGAGGAGGCGACCCCUUCUUGAGAGAACCAACAGGGGAAAGAAACGAAGGGAAAGGGGAGAGCUUUGAAGGGGGUCCCUUCCGUUCCGAGUCAUGAUGACCAUUGAGUGCUGAGCUUUAAUUUUUAUAAUCACGGUGAUGCACAACUAACCCAACAAGUAGACUCUCGACCGGCGCUUGUUCUCGGCGAGGGUUCUAAAUCGAGUAUCCAUUAUCCCGGAACCCGAGGCAUUGCUUUAUGUCUUUUUUCAGAUCGGGGUUGGGGUUCCGCGGAGGACCUAUAUUGGCAAAUGGCCGUGCUUCCUCAGCAAAAAAAGAAGCACAUCGGAAGUGGCGAAAAGGAACAAGUGGUAAUGUGUAAUCGGAGUACAAGGCAAAUUGAAACUCACUUUUCAACAUCAGGAGAUCAUGAAGGCACGACUUCUCGAGGAACACAGCAACUCCAAAGUUUUGAGUUUGUCACUCUAUCCGAGCGCGCUUUGCGUGGGGUCCAGUACGGCGUUCUAAGAACCAGUGGCUCCAGUAGUUCGUCUUCCAGUGGCUCCAUUCCGUUUUUCAGUAUCCUUGGCCUCUAUUCUCUCCUCGUCUAUGCGGCGUUCAAGCUUAUCCGCUCAGCCUACGACAACAUUAAGGAUUCCCCAAAUUCAUCUUAAGAAGCAUCUUUGCCACGUUUUCAACGGGAAAAAACCCCAAAGAUGCGCUUCAAGAUGAAUAAAGGGAAGGUCUAACAACAGCUCAGAACGCGUGAUCUACACCGAAUUGGAGGACACGACGUUCUUCGAAGAUAUUUGCGAUGGCAUUUAUCUGGCUAGGGCAUUAGGGGACCUAGAUACGGAGUGGGGACUGUACAUGCAGUUGUUGAGACUGUAUCGGUCACCGGCGAUGCUGUUGGAGUAUUCGACGCCACAGACGGCGAGAAUGGAAUACACUAUUAGAUCUAGUACGACACGACAGCGCUACUAGGUCUAGGGUUAGCUUCUUAUCAUACCAUGUCAGUUGCCAAGCAUAAAAAGUACAUACACGCAUCGAACGAGUUAUCUUCAUACCAUAUUGACAACAUUCAUAGAAAGUAUUCCUUGUUCACAUUCAAUUUAUUAUAUUGACGACAUGCAUAAAAACGUAAACGCAUAGUAAGUAUGAGCUUCAUCCGAGAUGUGAGAUGAGAUGAAAAGUUUUGAUUUUCUGUAACCACAGUUUCAAUUUUCAACACAACAUAGAUGGGUCUACUACUUCUAGAUGGAGGAGGGUAAUUAUAAUUGGCUAGCUGGUGUAGUGUCACCAGCAAGCCUCGUCUUGCUCUUAACUCUAAAAUGAAGUAUUUAUCCCACUCGUCUUCGAAGAUGUGCGAAGAUUUAAGAAAAUUCCCUGUUUUGAUGCAGACACGCCCACACUGUUUCAACACCUGCUCACACACGGACAUAGUCCGCUAAGAAAAUGAACCACGUAGAUCACCUCCACCCAACACGAUGAAGAUUUUUACAAUGAUUGAGUUUUUGUAUGAACUCACACAAACUUUUUUUCGUUACGUCAUCGUAACUCAUUCAAGCUCGUCAAGAUUGCCUUUCGAAAUCGCGAAAAUCGGAAUUUUUUUUUGAUAACAAGGAAUCAGUCACUCAGAGAACAACACGUCAAC